AUGACGGGAGAGGAUGGUUUUCCAGGUUUCAAGGGCGACAUGGGCAUCAAGGGAGACAAGGGAGAGCUCGGUGUCCUAGGAACCAGAGGUGAAGACGGACCUGAAGGCCCCAAAGGUCGUUCCGGCCCCAACGGAGAGGCUGGCCCCAUCGGGUCGGCUGGAGAGAAGGGUAUCGCUGGUAAAUCUGGACCCAGAGGCCAACGUGGCCCAACGGGUCCCCGUGGUGGAAGAGGUGCCAGGGGACCAACUGGAAAGCCAGGUGCUAAGGGAACAUCAGGCAACGACGGACCUCCCGGUGGAUCAGGAGAGAGAGGACCUCAAGGACCCCAGGGGCCAGUCGGCUUCCCAGGACCUAAGGGCCCUAAUGGGCCCCCAGGUAAAGACGGAAUGCCUGGUCACCCUGGGCAGAGAGGAGAGACAGGUUUCCAGGGAAAGACUGGGCCACCUGGGCCUGGAGGGGUUGUAGGACCUCAGGGACCAACAGGAGAGACCGGCGGCAUCGGAGAGAGAGGACACCCUGGUUCCCCUGGACCCCCCGGAGAGCAAGGUUUACCUGGAGCUGCUGGGAAAGAAGGAGGAAAGGGUGACCCAGGUCCAAUGGGUACGUCUGGGAAGGUUGGUCCAGCUGGGCUCCGGGGCUUCGCUGGACAGAGAGGUCUUCCUGGGGCAAAUAGCGUGUACUAG